CCUAUACCAGCUCGGCCGGCAUCUCGGCCGACUCUGCCAUUUGUCCUCUGUGAAUAAUCACACUGAAGCUUUUCACAAUCAUACUAUCUUGACUCAACUAUGAACAACACACAGGCAGGCUGAUAUAUUCCCUAGUAACAGGAGAAAGCAGCUAUGGAGAACGGAUUCCCUCUUAGGUUCGAUCUUCAGGAGCAGAUCGGGAAGGGGACAUUUAGCGUGAUCAAGAAAUGCACGGACAAGAAAACAAAUCGAGUGUGUGCGGUUAAAAUCGUGGAUGUCUCAAAGAUGAGGGCGUCAAGUGGUCUUACUGAAGAAGAUUUGAAUCGCGAGGCCUACAUUUGUCAAAAACUGACGCAUCCACAUAUCGUUGAGAUGAUGGGAGCUUACUCAAUGGAUGGGUAUAUUUAUAUGGUAUUUGAAUAUAUGGAUGGUGCCGAUCUAUGUUUUGAGAUUGUCAACAGAGUAAAUGCGGGAUUUGUUUAUAGCGAGGCUGUUGCAAGUCAUUAUAUGCGUCAAGUCUUGGAGGCUGUAUCGUUUUGUCAUGAAAAUGGUAUUAUUCACAGAGACCUGAAGCCACACAACGUACUACUGGCAAAUAGAGAGAAUUCAGCACCCAUAAAGGUGGCUGAUUUUGGGGUAGCUGUGGAAUUACCUCCAGAAGGGUGUAUUACAAGUGGUCGCCUAGGCACACCACAUUUCAUGUCACCAGAAGUUGUAAAUCGUCAACCAUAUGGAAAACCUGUUGAUGUCUGGGGUUGUGGAAUUAUACUGUUCAUUCUUUUGAGUGGGAAUUAUCCUUUCCAUGGAACUGGAGAGAAAGUUUAUCAAUCAAUCACAAAAGGGCAGCCUGUGAUGAGGCCCCGCCAAUGGGACCAGAUUACAGACGAAGCGAAGGAUUUGUGUUUAAACAUGUUAGCGACUGACCAGGAUCAACGAAUCUCAGCAGCAGAUGCCUUGCAACAUCCUUGGCUUAAGAACAGGGAAGUGCCAAACCGUAACCACCUUCAAGAAACAGUCGACGAAUUGAAGAAAUUCAAUGCAAGGCGAAAACUUAAGGGCGCUGUUUUAGCUGCAGUUGCGAGUAGAAAAUUUCCAGUUGUAAAUGGCAUUGACGUCGGGACUAAGAAUGACGACGAUGUGUUUGAAUGUGAAGAUAGUGAUCUCAGCGCGACGGGCGCAAUUGGACAGCUAUUAGAUUCUCUGGAGGAAAUACAGUUGCUUACUGGAGCGAGAAAAGCAGAGACGGACUUUCUACAGACGUUUUUUGAAGAUCGUCACUUCCAAGCGCUACUAGAGGUAUACGAUCGUAGCCAGGAGUGGACGGAAACACACGAAUCCUGUCCUCCGUUCACGACUUCGGAAGCCGAGCAAAACGCGAAAGACGUUGUCAAUUUAAUCGAAUUCCGAGCGGAAGACGACGACGACUGUUACGAACUACAAAACAUCUUAUGUGAUCCUCAUGUUAUGGCGAUGCUUCAAGCGCACGACGGGGUCCUACAGGAGGAAAAACAAGACGAGACUAGUAUAUUACCUCCCGACACCACCCCCAACGAUACCAUCGACAACAGCAUCCCCGAGCGACCGGAGAAGCUAACGCGCGUGCGCCUGGUGCAGUUUCACAAGAACCCCAAUGAGCCCAUGGGUAUCACACUCAAGUUGAAUGACGAAGGACGUUGUGUUGUUGCGCGCAUCAUGUAUGGUGGAAUGAUUCAUAGACAAGGGACGUUACACCCCGGAGAUGAAAUUCGUGAGAUCAAUGGCUCAAACGUAGCUGACAAGUCAAUAGAAGCCUUGCAGUCAAUGCUGCGUGAUGCGAGCGGUAACGUGACGUUCAAGAUUGUCCCAAGCUCUAGAGGACUGGGUACUAACACUGACGUAUUCGUGCGCGCGUUGUUUGAUUACGACCCGCGAAGUGAUGACCUGAUCCCGUGUCAACGCGCGGGAAUGGCGUUCCACUGCUCUGAGAUCCUUCAGGUGGUGAAUAAGGCUGAUUGUUAUUGGUGGCAAGCCAAAAAACCAGACGCCAACGAGGAAUUCGCCGGGCUCAUACCUUCUCCUGAACUUCAAGAAUGGAGAGUGGCCUGCAUUGCAGCCGAGAAAUCAAAGAAACAAAAUGGUGCUUCAUGUAUCUGGUUCAGUCGGAAGAAGAAGACUUACAGGGAUCGAUACGUGGCUAAACAUAAUGCAGUUUUCGAUCGUCUGGACCUGGUCACGUACGAGGAAGUCGUUAAGAUGGAAAAGUUUAAAAGAAAAACGCUAGUUCUUCUAGGAGCACACGGAGUUGGGAGAAGACACAUCAAGAACACCCUCAUCAACAAAUUCGCCGACAAAUUCGCCUACCCAAUACCACACACGACACGAGACCCGCGUGCGGGUGAGGAAGAUGGCAAGCAUUACUACUUUGUGUCAGCGGAAGUGAUGAUGAGCGACAUCGAGUCUAAUCGCUAUCUUGAGUACGGGACACACGAGGGGGCCAUGUAUGGGACCAAGCUUGACACCAUCACCGACAUCAUCGAGAACCACAAGGUUGCCAUACUAGACGUGGAGCCUCAGGCGCUGAAGAUUCUUCGCACAGCCAAGUUCACACCCUACGUAGUGUUUAUUUCAGCACCAUCCAUCAAGGGAAUCAACGACAUUAGACCACCGGUUGCCAACCACGAGCCUGCUGAGGACGCGGGCGAGAGCUUGAAGAGACUAGCCAAGGAAUCGGACCAGCUUCGCCAAACAUACGGGCAUCUGUUCGACUUGACCAUCGUCAACAACGACAUCGACGAGACUAUAGCCCAGCUGGAGGAAGCCCUUGAGAGACUGGGCACCACACCCCAGUGGGUGCCAAUCAGCUGGAUAUACUGAGCCACGCCCUUCUUGGAGCCCUCCCCUACACCCAGGGCAUCCCUCCUCCUAGGAGCACAACAUGUCUCUUAAAAGAGGCUUGACAGAGAUUACCAGUCAUCUCAUACGAGCACCUGCAUUUCCUGGACAAUCUGAGCCGUCUGACCUUCAAAGCACCUGUUUUAUUUUACUACCACCCCAGGAGUCGACCUAAAGAGGGUGGUAGUUACCUACGAAUGAAGAGCAUGAGUACUCAAAGAAGGGUGUUGCACGGUAGAGGGGUGUUGAGGAGAUGAUGGCUAAACGGCUCGAUUGCAGAUCAUUCAUAUGACAGAUAAAGCUCCAAAAUUACCUCGCGGGGUUAAUCCCCUCACCGUUCAUAGAUUAUGCAUUUAAAGCUCUCACUAAAAAAAGGCUUUUAGUCGCUCGAUAGAUGGCAAGUGGGAAAGAGAGAAUGAAUUAAUUGGUUAAACUGUAAGAGAACAUGGACGCAGCGAAGAUAGGUUAGAGGUUCAGGGUCAAAUUUGUCCUAUUUACCGCUUUUAAGAUUUAAUGCGAAUUCUGAACGACUUGAAUAUGAGACUUGUACUAAGAAAUCACCAGUUUUUUCGGGGGUGGAGGGGGGAGGGGGGGGCGUUGAAAAGCUCGCGCGCUCCGGCUUUUGGCGGCAAAAUAAUGUCAACAAAUCAUAGCAACUUAAUUAGACAGAAAGUUAUCUUUAUCAGAAAGUGCUUUUAUUUUUUAAAUAGUGAUUUCUUAGUGCACGUUGCUUUUUGUACCGCAAACAUUGGCAGUGGAACCUCUGUAAAACCAGGACUUUAGCAAUAAACUAUGUAAUUAUGUGCUUGUAAGCUGAAAUGACAUUGCCCGUCUUAAAGAGGUUGCAGUGUAUUGUUAUUUGGUGCUCGUUGGCACGCCUUAUGCAGUUUGUCCGCCCUGUGGAGGUUGUACUGUAUUGUAAUUAUAUGCUUGUUGUCAGUUUCUCUCGAGAUGGAGUACCUUAAUUCAGAGAUACAAGAACUUUGUUCGAUGCAGGCAUUGUACCAAACCCGUCCAUGUGUAUAGAUAACCGUUCGAAAUAUUGCUAGAUUUAGCUUUAUACAAAAAAAAUCAAAUUGGGGACUUUAAACAUUCACUAAACUUUAAAAUAAUAUAUCCACAUAAAUAUUGUCUGUAUUUUAAUACAUGUGCUUAGUCCUAUUAUUGAAUGUUGUGCUCUGAGCUUGAAAUCUUCGACAUCUUGUGUGGGCUAGCCUAGGCACCUCCUGAUGAUGAGGGUUUCUCGUCAAAGUCAAGUUAUUAGCUCAUUUCUAUAACUGUAAUACUGCUUUGUAUGAAACAUUUGAGAGUAAAAGUUCUCACCAACUA